AUGCGGAUUUUUUUGUUCUGGCCAACUAGGUCAUGCAGAUUUGACGUUGCAAUGAAUGUUAACACGAUGGGGGCUCUGAAUGUCUUAAACUUCGCAAAGAGGUGUCAAAAGAUACAAGUUCUUCUCCACGUAUCAACUGCAUAUGUGUGUGGGGAGGCUAAGGACAAAGAAGUAAUACGGGAAGAACCCUUUAAGAUGGGACGUGCCUUGAAGAAGGUUGCAGAAUUAGACAUUCACGCAGAACUGGGUUUUAUGAAGAAAAGAACGCAACAACUCGAAGAGGAGAAUGCUGAUGCAAAGGCCAUCUCAGCCGCAAUGAAAGAUUAUGGACUUAAGAGGGCAAACUUAUAUGGAUGGCCAAACACUUACGUAUUGACAAAAGCACUGGGAGAAAUGUUUCUGUCACAUCUCAAGGAUCAGAUUCCUCUAGUCAUCAUACGCCCAACCAUGGUGACCAGUACCUACAAAGAACCCUUUCCUGGCUGGAUUGAAGGUUUCAGAACAGUGGAUGCUGUGAUCGGUGGCUAUGCCAAAGGAAAAUUAACUUGCUUUCCGGGUAAUCCUAAGACAAUUUUAGACUUGAUACCUGCGGACAUAGUAGUAAACUGUAUGAUGGCAGCAAUGGCGAAUCAUUCGAAUGAAGCUUCAGAGAAUUACACAUUCCAUGUUUGUUCUUCGUCAAGAAAUCCUUUUAGACUUUCAUCUCUUCCCAAUAUCUUGUCUCUUUAUUUCAAGAAUAACCCACUGACCACCAAAAAUGGAAAGCCUUUGAUGAUUCGAUCCAAGGCAACAUUAGCAAGCAACGCUCAUUUCCAUAUGUAUUUGCUGAUUCAAUAUCUGCUACCACUCACGGGAUUAAAUUUAGCGAACAAAGUGCUUUGCGGAGGCUUCCAAGAUGCUUACAGUGGCAACCACAGGAAAAUCAAAAUGCUGACACGAAUGGCUGAGCUUUACAAACCUUACGUGUUUUCCAAGGCUACCUUCGACGACAGCAACACAGAAAAGCUAAGGAAGGCAACAAAGUGUGGGAGGGCGUUGGAAGUAUUGAUUGGAGUGAGUACAUGA